AAAUCGUUGCGGUUAUUCGACGUGUCGAUGAACAAUAUCAGUGGGCCACUUCCGGAAGAGUUGUGUGGGUUACCGCUGGAAAGCCUUAAUCUCUUUGAGAAUCGGUUGGAGGGGAGAUUGCCGGAAAUCUUGGGGAACUCGACCACUUUGGUGGUGAUCAAGCUAUUUGGAAACAAACUCACGGGGCCAUUACCAAAAGAUUUGGGGAAAUAUUCGCCUCUGAGAUCGUUGGAUCUUUCGGACAACCACAUUUCCGGCGAGCUUCCUGACAAUUUGUGCGAGAAAGGGGAAUUGGUGGAGUUAAUGACGCUCAACAACAAUGUUUCCGGCAAAAUUCCGCCGCGUUUGGGUGAUUGCCACUCUCUGCUUAGGAUUCGAUUUGCAAACAAUAACUAUUCGGGUCCCAUUCCGGAAAAUUUCUGGGGGCUCCCAAAUGCUUAUCUUAUGGAACUUGCAAACAACUCGUUCUCUGGUCCAAUCUCCCCGAAAAUCGGCAAUGCCAAGAACUUGGGUCUGCUUCUUAUUUCGCAUAACAACUUCUCAGGAAGAAUUCCGGAGGAGAUUGGCUCUUUGGAAAAUCUGGUUGAGUUUUCUGGCGACUAUAACAACUUCAUUGGACAUCUACCUGAUUGCAUUACGAAAAUGAAAAGGAUUGGCAAGUUGGAUCUUCAAAGUAACAUGCUCUCUGGGGAGCUGAGCAGCGAUCUUGAGGCCUGGCAGAAGCUGAAUGAGCUCAACCUGGCAAGGAAUAACUUUUCUGGGGUAAUUCCCCAAGAAAUUGCUAGCUUGGCAGGGCUUAAUUACCUCGAUCUUUCGAGCAAUCAGUUUUCUGGGGAAAUCCCAACUGGGUUACAGAAUUUGAACCUUAAUGUUCUGAAUCUAUCAUACAAUCACUUAUCUGGGAGGCUUCCUUCCUAUUUCUUGACAGCGGUGUACAAAAAUAGCUUUCUGGGCAAUCCUGAGCUGUGUAAGAAGGAAGGUGGUGUGUGUGAAAAAGUUAAAAUUAAACGCAGGGAAGGAGGAGCUUGCAUUUGGCUGUUGAGAUUCGUCUUUAUACUUGCAGGUUUAAUGUUCAUUUUGGGUGUGGUUCUGUUCCACGUUAGGUACAAGAAAUUCAUAAGGACAAGAAGUCUCAAUGACAAAUCCAAAUGGACGGUGAUAUCGUUCCACAAGCUCUCUUUUAACGAGGAUGAGAUUCUGGGUGGCCUGGAUGAGGACAACGUGAUAGGCAGCGGAGGCUCUGGCCAAGUCUACAAGGUUACUCUCGGCAACGGCGAGAUCGUCGCAGUUAAGAAACUUUGGGCUGAGGCGGCCCGAGAUCGCAGGAGUGUCGAUCUAGAGAAAGAUUGGAACAAUGAUAAUGGUUUUGAUGCAGAAGUGAAAACUCUGGGUAAAAUCAGGCAUAAAAACAUAGUGAAACUAUGGUGUUGUUGCACCAAUGGAGAUAGCAAGCUUUUGGUUUACGAGUACAUGCCUCAUGGGAGCUUAGGCGAUAUGCUUCAUAGCAGUAAAAGAGACGCAUUGGACUGGCCAACAAGAUACAAGAUUGCCUUGGAUGCUGCUGAGGGGCUUUCUUAUCUUCAUCACGACUGUGUUCCUCCAAUUGUUCACAGAGAUGUCAAGUCCAAUAACAUCUUGUUGGAUGCCGAUUUCGGAGCUCGAAUAGCUGAUUUCGGAGUAGCUGUGGCCAUUGAUACAUCCAAAGAUAAAUCCAUGUCAGUCGUUGCUGGUUCUUGUGGUUAUAUCGCCCCAGAAUAUGCAUACACCUUGAAAGUGAAAGAAAAGAGCGACAUCUAUAGUUACGGGAUGGUUAUCCUUGAAUUGGUAACCGGGAGGCGCCCGACCGACCCCGAGUUCGAGGAGAACGAUUUGGUGAAAUGGGUAUGCAACGUGUUAGAGCGAAAAGGCAUCAACCAUGUCAUAGACCCCAAACUGCAUUCCUGUUUUCAUGAGGAAAUAUUGAAGGUACUCAACAUUGGCCUCCUCUGCAGCAGUCCUCUGCCGAUCAACCGCCCGCCGAUGAGAAUAGUGGUUACGUUGUUGCAAGAAGCUCGUAACGGUAUCAAUAGCCAUUCAAAGAGCUUCAAGAAAGACGGUAGACUAUCUCCAAUAUACGAUUGUGAGGAAGAAUCGGAACAUGGAAAUGUGGUUAGUAACAGUCCCGUAAGAGCAUUUUCUUAGUUGUUAAGCUCGUGACAGACAUCAGCGAACCCAUAUUUGUUUUAGAAAGUAGGCCAAAAAAUGAAGGUGAACAUCACAAAAGAGAGUAGAAUGUUUGAGUUGUGAGUAAACAAAGUUGUUCACCAACCAUUUCUGAAAUACCUUGAGCUCUCGCAGUCUGCAAAUAUUGAAGAAGGUGAUAAGGCCACAUAGCCUAAUGGCUUCCAACUUCAACUUCUAAUUUAGGCAUUGGUUUUGAUUUUGCUGGUCUCACUUUGAAUCACUUCCCCAUUUUUUCCUUCCAAACUUGUGGUUGGUAUUCUCCUUCCUUCCCUUCGAAUAUGAUUGAAUGAGAAGGAAAUGAAUUUGUUAAAUCCCA